ACAGUAGGUACUAAUAAAAGUUAUGCCUGGAAAAAAAAUCAUUCUAAUUUGUAAAGCCGGCCUAAAAGUCUUUUCGAUAGGUACAUAAAUUGAAAGCAGUUUCGAAUCAUCCGUUAACUAUUUACAGUUAUUGAUAUUUAAGUAAUAAAAACUGUCACUGUAAAUCAAUUUAUUGUCACACAAAAAUAAUAGCCGGACGCACGCCGGAGCGCCGGACGUCGAAAGUACACAAACCACGUGUACCGUUUCAGUUUCAAACACACUUUACUGGAAAAGUACCUACCGAGUCUACCAAAAAUACCUCAAAGUUAUUUAAGUUUUAUAUGAUCGGAGAUCAACGUCAUUCAAGUAAAGUGAAAUAUUGUGCAUAAAUACUAACACGUGUUUUCACUAUGUCGGACGGCGAAGGAGACCUACGAGAUGGUCUUUCUGCUAAGGAGAUCUUCGCUAACAGCGAAGGGUUGACUUACAACGACUUCCUACUCCUGCCUGGAUUUAUUGACUUCACUGCGGAAGAAGUGGAUUUGACAUCUCCACUCACAAAGAAGAUAAACUUGAAGGCGCCGCUAGUGUCGACUCCCAUGGACACUGUAACCGAAGCGGACAUGGCGAUCGCCAUGGCUCUGUGCGGCGGCAUCGGCAUCAUCCACCACAACUGCACCGCCGAGUACCAGGCCAACGAAGUGCAUAAAGUGAAAAAGUACAAGCACGGCUUCAUCAGAGACCCAGUGUGUAUGGGACCUAACAACACCGUCGCUGACGUCAUUGAGGCGAAAAAGAGAAACGGUUUCACCGGGUACCCUAUCACUGAAAACGGUAAGCUCGGCGGACGCCUCAUCGGCAUAGUGACCUCCAGAGACAUUGACUUCAGGGAAGGCGACCCUCAGUUGAGUCUUAAAGAAGUGAUGACUCCCAUCACUGAAAUGAUUACUGCACAAUCUGGGGUAACAUUACAGGAUGCCAACUACAUACUGGAGAAAAGUAAAAAAGGAAAACUGCCAAUCAUAAAUGGGUCAGGUGAACUUGUAGCUUUAAUCGCCAGAACUGACUUGAAAAAAGCCCGCAGCUACCCUAACGCUUCCAAGGACUCCAACAAGCAGUUGUUGGUUGGGGCUGCGAUUGGCACUCGAGAGGCUGACAGAGAACGUCUUAAACUGCUCGUUAACAAUGGUGUAGAUGUUAUUGUUUUAGACUCUUCGCAAGGAAACUCCACCUACCAGAUAGAAAUGAUUAAGUACAUUAAAAAUACUUACCCUGACAUACAAGUGAUUGGUGGGAAUGUUGUAACAAGGAUGCAGGCCAAGAAUCUCAUAGAAGCGGGCGUAGAUGCCUUGAGGGUGGGUAUGGGCAGUGGGUCCAUCUGUAUUACUCAAGAGGUGAUGGCAUGUGGCUGCCCUCAAGCCACAGCCGUGUACCAAGUCUCCUCAUACGCUCGCCAGUUUAACAUUCCAGUUAUUGCAGAUGGAGGUAUUCAAUCUGUAGGACAUAUUGUAAAAUCACUUGCUCUAGGAGCAUCCACUGUCAUGAUGGGAUCUCUCCUUGCUGGUACCUCUGAAGCUCCGGGAGAAUACUUCUUCUCUGAUGGAGUGAGACUCAAGAAAUAUAGAGGAAUGGGAAGCUUGGAAGCCAUGGAGAACAAAGAGGGGAAAGGUUCUGCGAUGAGUCGCUAUUUUCAUAAGGAAACUGAUAAACAUAGAGUAGCUCAAGGUGUGAGCGGGAGUAUUGUUGACAAAGGCUCCGUGCUCCGGUUCCUCCCGUAUCUGCAAGCUGGCAUGCAGCAUAGCUGCCAAGACAUCGGGGCUCGCUCUGUGCUCAAAUUAAAAGAAAUGAGUUAUUCAGGCGAUCUCAGAUUCAUGAAGAGAACAUACUCUGCUCAGCUAGAAGGAAAUGUGCAUGGUCUGUUUUCAUAUGAGAAAAGAUUAUUUUGAAUAAUCCCAACAUUUUGAGUAUUAGUAAACCUUUAUGUACCUUUGUGAUAUGUAUGUUUCAGAUUUUGUAUUAUGAUGCAUUUUUUUAUGUAUUUUUGUGAUCACAUGAGAUGUAUACUAUAAAGUCAAAAAUAAAUAUUUUAUGUACUUAAGCUAAGCUUAAAUGGAACUGCAGAUGUUGAUAUUAUAAAAUUCCAUUUUUUAUGUACAUAUUGUUUCUUAUGUCAUGUUCUUGUUAAUAUCUAAGAAACGGACCAGAUGUAAAAUAUAUUUCGUAAAUAAAGUUUACUGAUAUAAUGAA